UGAACCCUUCCCUUAUGGACGAUAUCUUCACUUCUCUUCGCUCUGGUGGGCUGAUGCAUCGAGAGAACAUCAUGGAGCGCAUCCGACAAGAGCAGAUGGACAAAAGGGAGCGGCAGAGAAGGUUCGAGGAGCUAUGCAAAGAUGAAUCAUGCCUCGUCUAUGAGCUGCUGUCGAUAGAGUACGUAACGCAAUUGGCCGCUUAUCUGCGGCAGCGAGUCACCUUUCUGAGGGACAUCCGGCAGCAGCAGGAGGAGCAGCAGGAGGAGCAGCAGCAGCAGCAGCGUCCCCCUGCCCGAGAACAAGUUGACAUCCUCGAGUAUGGAAGACCAACGCAAAGCGAUUCGAUUCGCGUAUGUAUCCUCUUGAUUGAUCCUCUUGCAUGCUUGUGUGUGUAGGUUGGGGUGCGGCAGAGGGCUUCUGGCGUUCUGCCUGCAGCGAGAGCUCAGCAACGACGAAGCGCCGAGCCGCCCGAUCAGCUAUGUGGCCACUGACAGCCACCCGCCCUUCAGUGACCCAUGUCUGGGCAUGGUGCCGAUUGUCUGUGUGGAUGCUGAGGCCGCGCUGCGUCGUUACUCGCCUCUGCUGGUGCUGAUAUCCUGGAUGCCCUUUGCCGUCGACUGGACAUCGGCCGUCCGGUUGUCUGAUGCACUCGAGUACGUGUUGAUUGGCCACGGCGAAGGCGGGCUGAUGGGCAGGCACUACGAAACAUGGGGAUGCGUACGCGCCGACCCGCACACAGGGGAUCUGGACCCGCUGAUCAGACGACGACUGGAUGACAACAGAGUGGGUGAUGGCGAGGGAGAUGAUGACACGUGCUGUUAUCCCGAGGGCCCACUACCGGACGGCUUGCGGCCGUAUGUCUGUGAUGGGUUCGAGCGUGUGCGUCUGGUGGAUCUGCGUGAGCUGCAACUGUGUCGCUUCGAUGACCUGGAGAGCAUGCUGGUGGCGGGGGGGCUGUCGACCUCACAGACUAACUCCUUCAGACGGUGGACAAGGGAGGGAGGGAAUCAUUAAUUAGGCAGCUAGCGAGGAGUGAGCGAGAGUGGUUCCUUUCGAUAAGGCUGUGCAGUACGGCUGUGCGGAUGCGUGUGUACUGUGCGGUGCGUGCCAAGCGAUGAUAUAUGUGUGGAGUCAGUCAGUCAACCUUGGAGAGUCUAUCUGGUUAAGGAAGGCAUGCUCGUCUCCAGGCAUUUGACACCAUUAAGUAUUGCGUGACCGACACAAAGAUUCUCCUCCUCGUGUGGAUGAGAGAGAUCUCCUCUACUUUUUGGAAUGUCUCCCGUCCAUGUGGGCGUGUGGUCCAGAUAGAUGGAUGGAUGGCUGGAUUGACGGACGACUGACGAAUGACGAAUGACAUACAUCGUGUCCGUCCGCAUCACAGAGACAAA